GGGUCGUUCUCGUCAUCAGUCGCUCCCGCGGAACCCAUGAUCUCGCGCUCUCUCUCUGUCCUUGGCUCUCUUUUGUUUUCCACUUCUCUCUCUCUGUUUUAUUCUACGUCCCAUUCAUUUUUUUUUCGUUCAUUAUUUUAUAUACUAUAUACCUUAUCGAUUUACAAGUGAAUUUUGCUCAAAUCGAGAGGAAAAUUAAGUGAGAAGUGAUUGCGUGAAUGCAGUAAUGCAGUUCAGCACUGGCCGUGGAAAGUGACAGUGAUAUGUUUGCAAAAGUUUUUUGAGGCAUUUUACGGCAGAGGGAAGUUACAUGAAAAUAAAAGGACGUUAUAUUUUAUUGUGAUAUGUUUUGAUACAUAACAAUUUACCUGUCAUCUAUUCGCAUUAAGGGAAAUGGCUGCUGCAAAAUCCAAGUACCAAACGAGCGUCUCCUGAUGAAGUGAGCGUCCUCGUCUUCAGCAUAAAGGAAGUGGAGAGGGAUCUUGCUGUGUCCUUACAAGAACCAAGCACCUAUGACUGACAGUAAUGAGAAGUUGUGUUUAUCGAAUCCGCCGCAACUAGCAAAGUUUAGAACUCAAAUUCCGACUAGUUAGUGACAUGAAAAAAUAUAUUUCAAGUUAGCAAGUUUGAGAGGCAGAAAAAAAUUGCUGUUGAUCCCUGCGAGGGAAGUUCAUUGAAUGAACAGUCCUAAAAACACAAGCAUAUCAAUUUACGUUAUGGUUUAGCAUUUCAGUGAACAUCAAAAUUGAAGCAGCAACUUCCUCUGAAGGGACAAGAUGAAAACAACAACGGCGCAAAGAAUGACCGGAGCGGAACCGUUCAGCAGCAACGAGUCAGACAAUCAAGAGCCUGGUGCCUGGCAGUGUAACGGAUAUUCCUCUCGGGGUCUGACAGUAAAACGUUUCUCGUCGGAGAGAACGAGCUCAGACAACACGAGUUGUGACUUAACCCUCCCCAGAGGGCGACGGUCGUCUUCCGCGGUGUUGGCUUUGAUGGUUCUCUCGUGCUGCCUCUCCCUCGUCGUGGGGUCGGAUGUCAUCCGGAUAGGAGGCCUAUUCGAUUUCACGGAGGACCGCCAGGAGAUCGCCCUCAGGUACGCCGUCGACGCCAUCAACAGCGACCGGAAGCUGUUGGCCCACUCGAGGCUAUCGGCCCAGAUCGAAAACAUCCCCAACAGCGACUCCUUCCGUGCAUCCAGGAAAGUAUGCUCACUGCUGAAAUCGGGAGUAGCGGCCAUCUUCGGGCCCCAGUCUGCCCAGACAUCUGCGCAUGUGCAGUCGAUCUGUGAUGCCCUAGAGAUCCCGCACAUAGAGAACAGAUGGGACUUCAGACUGACCAGGGAUGCUUACUCCGUCAAUCUCUAUCCUCAUCCAUCCACUCUAGCGCAGGCCUACACGGACGUGCUGAGGAGUCUAGGAUGGAAGAAGUUUUGCAUCAUAUACGAGACCAACAACGGGCUGAUUCGGGUCCAGGAACUCCUGAAGGACGAAAGUUUCAAGAUUACCCUCCGGCAGCUGCCGCUCUCCGAUGAUUACAGACCGAUGCUGAAGGAGGCGAAGAAAGCGGGGGUGACCCACAUCGUGCUGGACGUCCAGAGGCAGAACAUCUUCACCGUCCUCAAGCAAGCUCAGCAGAUUGGCAUGAUGACGUCAUACCACAACUACUUCAUCACCUCUCUCGACGUGCACACGGUCGACGUGGAAGACUUCCGACACGGAGGCACCAACAUGACCGCCCUUAGGAUUGUCGAUCCCGACAAUCCUAUGGUGCAGAGGGUCAUGCAGGACUGGCUCUUCGGAGAUCGCAGGGUGCUCAAUCGGGCGAACAUGGAGGAUGUUCAAACCGAGGUUGCCCUGAUGUACGAUGCUGUCCAGUUAUUUGCGAAAGCUCUGGACGACCUCGACCGGUCACGACGCAUCGAUAUCACGCCGCUGGAGUGUGACAGGGAGAACACCUGGGUCCACGGCAGUUCCCUCAUCAAUUACAUGAAGUGGGUCCAAGUGAACGGGCUGACGGGCCUCAUCAAAUUUGACACAGAGGGCUUCCGGCGUGACGUGGCUUUGGAUAUCGUCGAGCUGACCAAAGAUGGACUCACGAAAGUAGGAAGAUGGGACCCGACCAACGGGACGAACUACACUCGGACUUACAACGACGUGCAAAAGGGCAUCGCGGAAAGUUUGCAGAACAAGACGCUACUCGUGACGUCCAUUCUCGGUUCGCCUUACACGAUGCUGAGGGAGAGCUCGCAGCCGAUGACGGGCAACGACCGCUACGAAGGGUUCUGCAUCGACCUGCUGGACGAGAUCGCCAAGAUCCUCGGCUUCAACUACACGAUCCACAUCGCCGAGGACGAGAGUCGCGGGAUGUACGACGAGAAGACCAGGAAGUGGAACGGCAUGAUUGGCGAACUACUCGAUCAGAAAGCCGACUUAGCCAUUGGUGACCUGACAAUCACUUAUGAAAGAGAGCAAGUGGUCGAUUUCACCAUGCCCUGGAUGAACCUAGGUAUCACGAUCCUGUACAAGAAGCCGAGUAAAAAGACGCCGAAUCUGUUCAGCUUCUUGUCGCCUCUCUCACUCGACGUCUGGCUGUAUAUCGUCACCGCUUAUCUGGCCGUGUCACUGCUACUCUUCGUCCUGGCCAGAUUCUCGCCCUACGAGUGGUCAGAGCACGAACGCACUGACGAUAAGAAGAUCAGCGGCGAGUUUUCCCUCAUCAACUGUUUGUGGUUUUGUAUUGGUUCUCUCAUGCAGCAGGGAGGGGAUAUCAUCCUGCCCAAGGCGGUGUCGACGCGGAUGGUGGCAGGUAUGUGGUGGUUCUUCACCCUGAUCAUGAUCUCGUCCUACACGGCUAACUUGGCCGCCUUCCUCACCGUCGAGAGGAUGGAGUCUCCCAUCGAGUCCGCUGAGGAUCUGGCCAAGCAGACCAGGAUCAAGUACGGCUCCCUCUAUGGGGGCUCCACCUGGACAUUCUUCAGCACGUCGAAGGUGCCGACCUACCAGCGCAUGUUCAGCUUCAUGGAGUCGCAGAACCCGUCCGUGUACACGAAAUCGAACGCGGACGGAGUGAAGAGGGUGCAGAAGGGAGACGGCCAGUACGCCUACAUGAUGGAGUCCUCCACCAUCGAGUACAUCACCGAGAGGAUGUGCGAUCUCACCCAGGUCGGGGGACCUCUCGACUCCAAGAGCUACGGCAUCGCCCUGCCCCCAGGGUCGCCCUUCACGAACGCGAUCUCGGAGGCCAUCCUGAGCCUGCAGGAGAGCGGGAAGCUGCAGGAGCUGAGGACGCGCUGGUGGAAACACAAAAAAGGAGGGGGAAGAUGUAAAAACGACGAAUCGCAGGGGUCGUCGAAGGCCAACGCCCUCGGGGUGCACAACGUGGGCGGUGUCUUUGUGGUCCUUCUGGCUGGAAUGGGUCUGGCCUCCGUCGUGGCCGUCUGCGAGUUCGUCUGGAAGUCCAGGAAACUCGCCACUCAAGAACAUGGGUCUGUGUGGACGGAGAUGAGCAAGGAGUUCAAGUCAGCGUUGUCGUGCGACGCGCGGCUCCUUCGAAGGGCAAGCGGUCAGCACCAGCACCCCGGAGGAGGACAAGGCGGCCUCCUUCCACUCGACCAACAUCUACGACUCGACCUUCACCGCCUCUCAGUACUCGACCUUCACUUGCAAGGACCCGAUUUCCUGACAGUUGCCUCAUAAUCCUCCGACGGGAGACUCGCCGGACGCCUUUGGUCCGGACGAGAUUCCCCCGUGCCCCCCUCCUAUGGCGUCCAUCCGCGGGACGCCCUCUAUAGAACGGGCUUCCAGGGCCUCGUCCGUGCCACCAGAAGCCCUUCAGGAUAUUGCGGCGACUGCGGGGGCUGCCGAGUCGCAGCAGGGUCAGUCGGAGGGCACAGGCGCCAACCUACAAUCCCCCGACCUGCCCUUCCAGCUCAUCUCGACCGUAUGACGAUAGGAGAGCUUAGGUCGCCGCAAGUCGUCCUCGUCUCCCGCUAUUACUCACAUCGCCGUCACCAGGCUCUGAGGGCAACAAGGAGAUGCCGAAGGAGAAGAAGAGCGGAACUGUGAAGGCCUCGACGCUCGUCAUUUUGAAGAAGAAGCAGCAUGGAACUGUGAAGGUUACAAUAAACAUUUCUUUUCAUGAUCGAGAAUCGCACAAGAAGAAGAAUCAGGAGAAGCGCGGAACUGAGAAGACGCCGUUCAGGAAAAUGUUAAAAAAUCGAUCGCUUUUUGUCCGAAAUGUUCCCCAUGUCUUGAAAAAAUAAUGGUCUUAAUGAACCUUACAGAAUGUAACGCAAAAUCACAGGACGGGUUAACACUGGCUUUUGAUAACUGAUGAUAACAGGAACAAUUGAUGUCCUGAAACAAGUAAAUUUCUUAAGAACCAGAUUCCCUUUCAAAUUUAAUGCUGCUAACAGCGUCAUGAACUGACUCGUCGUGGUCUCACAAAGACAUGGGAAACAUCAAUGUUUGCAAUACGAGAAGGAAUUUCGUAAGUCCUUAGAUGAGCUCUUUCAAACUCCUUGUGUCCCAGAUAGCGGGAAGGCAGUUAAGCCAUGAUAAUGACCUCGAAUAGCGGUGACCUAAGCUGCGACCUGACCAAGAACUUAGUACCUCAAGGAGGUACUUGAACCCUGGGGCCAAGUGUGAUAAAUUUGCGCCCAAUUUUUUGCUACGUCAACUCAAAGACAUUCGUCAGUCGAAAGAAAAUGAGUGACGAUAUAUUUUAUAAAUAUAUUUAUCAGUGUGGAAACUAUAAUACAGAAUAUAGUGGUGUUUUGGACGAUUCGUCGCCAGCCAGUUAUUAAAGAUGAAAUCAGAUGAGUGUAUUUUCGUGUUCAAAUUGUCAUUCUUAUUCUGGAAUUUUGGAACUGUUGCAUAAAUCUGGAGAGAUGGAAGCAGCAAAAUGUCAUUUAAGAAUUUUUAUUUCUCCUUUUAUUCACUAAUAAUUUUCCCCUUCCUUUUUUUUUAAUAAUUUUCGAGAAUCAUUUAAUGCAGUGAAAUUUCUAAUCCCUUUUUUGUUAAUAAUUUGGAAUUGUCAUUUUAUAUACUUUAGGUUUUGGCAUACUUUCAAAUGUAGCGUAAUUUGGAAAUUUCAAAAAGUAAACUAAUUAUGUUUUAACUUAUAAUUAUAUAUCACUGAUAUUUCCCUCACUUUUACUGUCACUUUUGAAGUGUCAGCUGAAUUGUUUUAGCCUCAUAUCAAACUUAUAUUUUGACGUAAAUUGAACGACCAAGUUAUUCAUAACAUUACAUAGGUCAAGACAAAGGAAAAUCAACUCCCGCCAGUCUCAGUUCUAGAAAAACCAAAAGAAAGUAACCAACUUAAAAACUGAUUUCCAAAGGAAGCAGUAAGUUUAAAAACUUAUUUUUAAAGGGAAUAACAAGUUUAAGACUGAUUUUUAAAGUUUUUCGUUACUAUAAUCUGAUGUUUGAGUAUAUCAUGAAACAAAAAGAACUGUUAGGUCAACAUUUUGACAACUUUGACAAAUUUAUAACAUGCACUGGAAAGUGAUUCGAGUUGUAAUCAUUCUAGAUAUGUGAUCGGAUUAUGGUUCAGUGUGAUGUAUUUUGCCAAUAUUAUAAGUUUUUCAAUGUGUAAAAGACCCAUAUCAAAAAUGAUUGUCAUCAAUGGAUCAGAAGUUAUCAAAAGGUUUCUCUACCAUAGCCUUGAUUUUAAACUGACAAAAGGACAAUCAUUCAUUUAAGGCUUUGCAAAUCAUUGGAAGGAAGUCUCUGAAGACUGAAUUGUGAAAUAGGACAGAACGUGUGAAUUUCAUCAUUGGGAAUUAUAGAUGUUUUUACUUUUUUACGCAUAUAUAAUUAUACGAUAGUAUGUAUGUAUGUAUGUGAGAAUAUAUGUAUGUAUGAAUGUAUAUCGUAUGUGCGUGUGUUAGUGAAUAUUUACAUAUAAAUUCAUACUUUACUGACUUAGGUUUUUCAUUUAAUGAUUUUGUUCGAAAGCCACGAAGAAGAGUUAAGAGAAAUUGUUAAUAAAUGAUCAAUUUAAAUUUCAUAUUUUAUUAUCAAUCCUUUAAACUAAACGUUCUAAUUCUGCUGAUCGUAAAUUGCAAAUUGACCUUUAUUUGCCCAUAGCUUUGCUGUCAUUGGUUCUGACAUCAAGAAAGCUAUUUACUUAACUAGGAUGACAGUUUUUAAGUAAUGUAAACAAGUCUUAUAACUGAUGUGACGUGAAAUUGAAAUAGAUUAAAAGAUCUUUUUCACAGGAUAUUUUUUUUAAUUUACUCGUGAGAAAACUCAUACGUAGGUUAUUCAUUACUUCAUUGCAUAUUUACGACUUAUCAGCAGACGGUUAAUUCAUUUGCAGUACAUACAUCUUUACAUACAAAUUUGUUAAUGAUCUUGAAA